AGAGGAAAGCAAGGACAAGGGACUUUCACACUCUCUCUCUUCGACAGCACCCGUAGCUUCUGCAGCGUCGCUGUCGCAUUGAACACAAGGGACGCCUUCACUGCGCUGCUCUCUUGCGACCGACGAGUCCCUCGAGUUUUCCUCCCUUUCUCAUCGGCUAUCUCACGAUAGUCGACAGAGGGAGAUUACCCCACCACCGAAUUACAACACAACAAGAACACAACCAAUCCCAACACCUAAUCAUCAUCCGCGCCAUCACAUAUCUCGAGUAGAGAGAGGCCAAGCAGCAGGUCAUUGGGCAGGGCCUCGUUGGUGGCCAUUAAAUAGGGAAAGCGCUCUUGCUCUCGUCUGAGCAGACGUCGAGUGUCCUCGCCACUUCGCUGGCAAGGGUACCCGAUCCCUUUUCCUCAUCGUCCGUCAUCAUGGCUGGCUAUCAGCAGGAGGCGCGCUUCGAUGCGCCCUUCCCCAACCAGCAGCAUCACCCUCACUACCCGGUCCAACAACCCCUUGUGGCUCAUGCUCCGCCGCCACCGAUGAGGGACGCAGCCUAUGAUGCAGUGGACGGAGGCGAGUACUACUCGACACAGGGUGGUGGCUACUAUGCUCCUCCCCAGGCACCCCGGCUCACGGCCGCCGCUGCUCGCGCGUCGACGAUGGCGGCCAUGUACUACAACCCGUCAUUGCAUCCUCAGCAUGGAAUGAUGCCGACCGAUCAAGGCGCGCCUUGGGGACCGCCGUACCUGCGCCAGGGCUACCCGCAUCCCCAGCAGCACCAGCAGCUCGAACACCAGCUGCUGCUCCACCACCAACUUUCCAAGCUGCAAGGCCCGCAAGCGCAAGCACAAGCGCCCAAGUCGACCAGUUCUGCCUUUGGUCAGGGCUACGAGGCAGCUGCAGCCGCCUAUGGGCAGCAGCAGCACCAGCCUCGCGUUGGUCACCACCAUCACCAACAGCAACAGCAACUGCUGCAGCAUCGGCCGCAGACAAACCUCGGCUGGGAGCCGGCCCAUCCAUGGUCGGCAGCGCAGAGCCGAAUGUCGAGCUCGCAUGUGACGCCGACUGGUUACGCCCAGCAUGUUCCAAACGCUGGCGACUCGUAUUUCAACCAGGCCUCGGCUCCGGCCCCAUACCCGGCCGCCUCGGCUCCUAUCCAUGUCGCCGGGCACGCGGUCGCCCCGCAUUCCGCCGCACAGAUUCAGCUGCCUCAUCCUGUGCCUACUUCGGCGGCUUGGGCUCCUGAACCCCACGCAGUUCAUCAAGGCCACCUAGAGCCACAGCAGCAGGUGUGGGCGGGCCACCUCGACGCUCACCCUCACCACCAUCAACAGCAGCAGCUGCAGCAGACUCAUCCGGCCAACCUUGGCGGCGGUGUUGGCGGCGAUGAGUGGAUGGCACAGGGUCAGCCAAGGACCAAUGGCUACAAGACUGGCUCUGGCUAUGUCGAGACGAUCCCAUCCGACGGCUCCUGGGCCAAUGCCCAGCAUGCCGCCGUAGCUGCCGCCAGGGCUGAUGUGGAUGACCGUUGGAGAAUGUCGCAGAUGCAACAGGAGCAGCCACCGGCGAUGAUGCACCAGCCUUACUUCAACCAGUUGCCAGAGCAGGGAUUUGCAGAAUACCAACAACAGCAGCCAGGCAUGUACCAGCAGCCAAACGGUCACACGACUGCGCCGCAGCCCGUCCAAGAUGCUGCUGUGGCACCUGUGCCAGGCACCGAUGCUGCGGUGAUCAAGCCACCCACGGAAAACAAUGGCGGACCCGCUCCUCCUUCGCCCGCCACUCUCGACAAGUCGGCGGUGCCCAUCUCAGGCAUCGGCGCAGAGAUUGUGUGGCUGGCAUGCGCGGCGCUCCUCGAGCCCGAGUUGCUCCUUCACUGCCUCGAGCCUGGUACUGGUGGUACACGCUAUCCUACCACGGCCUCAAGCUCGACGAGUCCGUACCACUCGACGCCUGCAACAUCUCCAAUGGGCUCUCACCGGCCUGGCAAGUCAAUGGACUGGUCAUCAUCGGCCGUGCACACUCCAAGCCCCCUCAAUCCCCAGGAGCACAUUAGAAAGGAGGGCGACGUUUCAUCGGAACGGCAUGGAUACGCUCGUGCGCAAAAGCACUUCCGCACCGGCAUCGAUGGCGCAAUGGACGGUACCAUGAGCUCUGAAGACAGCAGCGCAAGCAGUUCCGAGCCUGGUACUCCUCCAUCGAGCUUUCCAGGCGACGCUUCUCGCGUUGCUCGCGUCGCCCACAACAAGCAACAGCAGCAGCAGCGUGAUGUUCACGGGUUGGGACUUGAUCUGGCAGUCUCCUCUCCUUUGCAGAGACAACUGUCACCUUCCAGCACCAGCAGCAACGGCAGAUCCUCUCGAGGUAUCGAUCACUCCCGAGAGGCCAUCACGAGUGUUCUCAAGCUCAUUUCACCCGACUGGAAGUGGAGCGUUAACGACGAUGUGCUGCCAUCGCUGGCGCAGAGUCUUCGAGAGGGUGCCAGGCGAUCAUCGGCCGGCGACAUUCUGCCCAUGGCUAGGCCCACGUUCAGCAGCAUGCGUCGAAGCAACUCGAACACGACGUCGCCCACCGGUGGGAACGACUCGCGGGACACGUACGGAGCUGCGCUGCCUGGUACUGAAGUCAGCCCUGCCUUCCGAAGGUUCGCCCAUCAAGUCUUGGCCCAAACGCUCGUCUCGCCCACGGCUUUCAUGCUUUCGCUCAUGUAUGCGCUGCGCGCCGUCUUUUUGGCUGUCAAUGUCUCCGAUGAGGGUGCCCUGUCGGUGGAUGCAGAGGCUCUCGAGAUCUUUGCCAAGCCUCAUUCCGCUGCCCCCUUCAAGAUCUUCACGCUUGGCCUGAUGAUCGCCAACAAACAUCUCGACGAUAACACGUUUCUCAACAAGACGUGGAACGAGGUGACCGGUAUCCCUCUGGCCGAACUCAACCGCAUGGAGCGAUGGUACCUUGAAAAGAGUGGUUACGAAGUCACCGUGCCGGAGGAGCCUUGGGUCGAGUUCUUGGAGCUGAUGCGAAGUCGCACGGAGCGCAAGAUUUCGUCAACGAAGGAGACCCGCCGCAUCCGUGUCCACACUUCAUCCAAAACGGCGUCCGAAAAGAGUCCUUCGUAUGGUGCACCCCUCAGCGUCUCUUCCGUGGACGAGGAAACGUGCAAAAGGCUUCUGAUGUCCAUCGAAGAGUCGCUCGCCGUCCUCGGACGAGUCACACCCUUCGAGCUCAACGGCAAGGGCAGCUCUCUUGGCAAUCGGUCUCCUGACGAAUCGCCAAUUUCAACCAUGGAGAACGAUGUCGCCUGGAACUCGCCAGCACAGCAGCAAGACCAACAUGAGGACAGCCGUACCGAUGUCGGUCGGAUGAGGCGUCCCCAGACAGCGCUGCAUCUGCACCAGCACUGUCACUCUGCCCCCGCAGCGGCUCUCGACCUGGUCGAGGGGGAGGACAUUUUCGACGAGGAAGAUGGUCCUUACCGUCCGCAACCCCGACCUACGUCGACCGUUGCACGAAAGUCGACUGAUCAGCAUGCAUCGCUCUCACGAUGGAAUUCUGAUCUCUCGAGGGCGGCCUCGAGGCCUGGCCAACACUGUCAUUCUAUGAGCAACACGGCGGUUAAUGCGAAAUUCGACGCACCACUCGCACCUUCCAUCCUCCUCGACCUUCUCAACAGAGGUCAACAACAUGCCCAUGCUGCUUCAUGAGGCACUCCGACAUUCUCACACAUUAGACGACUCCAAUUUCUUUCUCCGUUCAUCUACGAUACGAUUCUUUUUCAAGCGAGAACGCUUUGCUUCAUAACGAUCCGACUCACUCUCUCUUCUCUAAUCUCACCGUCGAUGGGUUUUUCGAAUACUUCUCUUCUCACACACAAAAGGCAUUGGCCGACGGUCCAUAGACGCCACACAGACGCCCUCAUCGCCUCCAAAAUUUAUCACUCACAUUCACCGCUGAGUAUCUUCUUCUUGUCACAUAUACCAACUUUCGGCUCCUCUUUUUUUCUUUUUCUUUUUUC